AAUAUGCUAGAAUGGCAGCACUGAAAUGCAUUCGUAUUGGAAAAACGGGGGAUGGACUUGUUUAGUUCUUGUUGUAAUAUUCGUUGUGUUUGUUUUGCAAUAAUAUAUCAAUUGUAGUGUAAAAAGUAUUGUGCUUUCGUGUUUGCAAGCUCCCCCACACAUACUUAGAUAUUGUUGAACCUGCCCCGGUAAACAAAAAGCAAAAUGAAAACAAACGUCGCCGCUGCGGCCGUCAUUCGAAAAUCAAACGCGCAACAGAGCACAACACGGAUAUUCACAUCCACCCCAAAUAAUAGUCGUCAGCGCACAGAAAUUACAUCGCCACUUUUCCGUAACUGUGUAGGUGCAGUCGAAGCGGCUGACAAGGGCGGCGUAGGCGUGGGCGUGACAUUGACAACCUUCGACCCGCGGCUCAAGAAAGCAGCGCUUUUUCUGGGUAUACUCAUCAUUGGAUACAAGAGCGUCAUUCUAAGCAUGCCGUACAUCAACACAGACAGUGUUCAACAGUUGACCGGCUUUGUACAGGGUCAAUGGAGCGAGGCCUUGGGAUGGUCUGAGAGGCACCAACUGGUCUCCAAGUUGAGCCCACUGUUGUGUGGCCUCAUCGUGGCCACAUUCGCCUACGGAAUGGUUUACUUGGACAGCGCAGUGCCAGGUGUGACGCCACCCUCGCCCUUUUCGCCCCGUUCGAAACAGCGGUUCCGUCAGCAGAAGAGUGCGUCGCUUCACUUGGGCUAUCUGUGCGCUCUGUUCUCCGGAUUGCUGGUUACGAUCUUUAUGUACUUUGAUUUUUAACAUUAGAGCAGAGCCCGCUUCCUUCCAUUUAGAAAAUUAUUCAACAGUAUUAGAUUUAACUUUAUUUCUUUUGUAUUUCCUGUGGAAUCUGUGUUUGUAUUUAUUCUAUAUGUAAGUCUGAAGUGUUAAUGUGCAAGGCUACUGGAGAGCCAAAGUCAAAGGAAAAACUGGAAACAUUGGGGCAUUUUGGAGCCAACUUAGUUCCUAGGUAAAUUAAAUUUAGUAUAUUUACAUGCUAACUUAUAUGUUAUUUAUACAAUUACAUAGUACAAAAUGAAAAUAUCCAGUAAGGACCUUAGACCAGAACAGGCGAUUCCAGGAAUACAUAGUUUCAAUUGUAGAACUGCUAUCUGGUCUUAGAGUCUUGGGAGAAAACCCGUAGUAUUAACACUCUAAAAAUACAUUAUAAACAUUUUUUUGCACUAAAAUAUACAUAUGUAAUAAAAUUCCCAAUGGCAUAUCUA